GGCAUCCAAGAAGCUAACAGUCAAGAGACGCUCACAGAAUGGGAACACCAUCUCAUCGUAUGCGCCUUUCAAUGCGCGGUUCGUUGAAGGUGGAUGACGAGUUGGGACCUAUGCAGCCGCUUCGAACGCCGUUAUCUAUGUAACAUACAUUGCGUUCUUGCUUUUCGGACUUGCGGUAUCCUACCGCUACUCCAAGACCAAGGGCGACUUCCUGUCCUCGCUCCGCACACAAACAUGGCCCUCUCUCGCUCUGAACUUCGCUGCUUCGGGUGCGUUAAUGCCGGACUCGAUGUAGUUGAGCGCCGGUUCGAGGUAUGUCUGGACCCAAGAGCACUGCUGCGGGUGCUGGUGUCACAACCCCGACGUUCGGCUCAUUCCCAAUUCCAUCUUCGGCCCUUCGCUAUCAUGGGGUGAUUCCCUGGCAGGGUUGAAGGUGGUGGAGGGCAUGGAUCCCGUCGGAAAGUGCCCGGCUGAGAUCCGCGAAAGCGGAAACCGUUAACGACGUGAUCCGGAUAAUACCAGCGGACGGAACGCAUGCUCGCCGACUAUGGGUUCGGGAAUCCUGUUUACAUAUCCACAGAUUGGCGUCGUCGCUGGCUUACAGGGCGUGCUCGUGUACGCCUUUGCCUCGUCCUUGCCGCUUCUCACCUUCCCGUACCUCGGCGGGAAGAUUAGGAAGCUAUGCCCUCAUGGCUUCGUCCUGACCGAGUACACUCGCGAACGCUUCGGCAUCACCACUGCGCUUUUUCUGAGUUUCUUCUCCGUGGUCACGAUGUUCAUAUACAUGGUGUCCGAAUUAACCGCCAUUACGGGUGUCAUCAAUUCGCUCACCGGACUGAACGCCAUCCCCGCCACCAUCGUAGAGGUCGUUAUUACCAUGUUGUACACCGCAUGGGGUGGCUUCCGCACGUCCCUUGUUACCGACUACGUCCAGGGCGUGCUCAUCCUCGUAUUGCUUGUGGUCUGCUCUGCGGCGAUGGGAGCCAACAUCCGCAUUGAUCGCGCAUUGAUCGAGGAAUCCGGCUUGCUCAAGGCCAACCUGCUUGGAUGGCAAUUGCUGUACAUCUUACCUGUUGCGAUCGUAUGGAACAACUUCUUCCUCUCGGGGUAUUGGCAACGAGCUUUCGCCUCCAAGACAAAUAGAGACCUUUGGAUCGGAUGCUCCGGGGCAGCCAUCAUCGUCUUCGUCAUGCUCACCAUUGUCGGCUUCACUGGUCUGAUUGCCGUGUGGUCCCGUCUCUACCCGGGUUAUGAAGGCGACGACGGAUCGUUCACGUUCUUCGAGAUUCUCGCCACCCUCCCGGCCUGGGUCGUCGGCUUCGUCCUCGUCUUCGCCAUCAGCCUUUCUUGCGCGGCCUACGACACGCUCCAGAACGCGAUCGUGGCCACGAUCAGCAACGACGUGUUCCGCAACAAGCUCAACAUCUGGUGGGUUCGGCUCGUCCUCAUCGUUAAUGUGCCCGCCGUCGUUGUGGCGACGAAGAACUUGAAUAUCCUUGUAUUGUACCUCAUUUCGGACUUGGUAUCCGCGGCCAUCAUGCCUCCUAUUUUCUUGGGCUUGAUUCCGCGUCUCUACUUCCUGAACUCGUUCGACAUCAUCAUUGGUGGCGUGGGAGGUUUCUUCACCGUCUUCAUCUGGGGCGCCAUCUACUAUAACGACGCUAAGAAGGGCGCAGGCGUGUUGAUUCUCCAAGCUGGCAUAUAUGCAGACGACUGGUCGACCUUCGGUGCCUUCGUCGCCGCCCCGGUGGGCAGCAUCCUCUGGACCUUCGGCGCCUUUGCGCUCCGCGCCGGUGCGACCUACCUCUACGCCCGCCGCACCGGCGCCCAUUUCGGCGUCUUCGACAAGCGCGAGAUCGACGUCGCCCGCUUCGCGGAGGAGGCGGCGCAGGCGGGGAUCUCGGUCCCGGACGAGGCGGAGCUCGAGGAGAGCCGUUUGGAUGAAACCAACGGGACCAACGACGACGACGUCGACCGGAAAGAGAGCGAUGAGCAGCAGGGCGUGCAGGUGGGAAUCGCAAGGUCGGAUUUGUGAGGGGCUGCUGCCAUCGGCGUCAUUUACGAAGACGAUGGUGCCUCAUCCUGUUCUGAAUGCGAUUUCAUAUGACUUCUUAAGCUUAGAGAACGAGAUUCCUUGCAUCCCAGAUCAUAAUACACGUACUGUAUGAACAACGCCAGUGUACAUAGGCACAUGUUUGUAGGUAGAUACGUAUAUUUUUUG